AAUGUAAAAACGUAUUAUCACUGUGAAACUGUAGUCCUAUUAAAAAAAGUAAUUCGAUUCAGAUCAAGAGCCAAGGAACCCUGCUAGAAAAUUUGAGUAAAAUAAGAAAACAUACUGAAACUGAAGAUUUUUUUUAUUUGCUCACCAUGCUUCUACAAUUAACUCCGCGUAGACAUGAGCUCAUAUCAGUAUUCAUGAUGUCAAUUGGAACGACAUUCAUGUUUUUGGGUUAUGAUGUACAAUCUAUGAUGGCUGAAAGUGUACUUCACUCAGUUAGUACAAAGAAUCCUGAUAGAAUUAGUGAAUAUGCUGGAUAUUAUGGCCAAGCCAUCCAGUAUAUCUCAUUCGCCUUCUUUUCCCUAUUCACCGCCACAAUUCAAUACUACAUUUCCUCAAAAUCCAUGUUGGUUCUAUCGUCAGUACUAUUUACAACCUGCUAUAUUGCCUAUAUUCAUGUCAAUUCAUACAUAUUCUAUUCGUCUCAACUACUACUGGGUUUUGCCUAUGCAAUGUACAACAGUGCAGAGGGAACCUAUCUCUCGGAGCACUCUUCCCGCCGAACCAUCGACUCGAAUUCGGCUCUUGAAACCGGAUUGGGACAUACAAGUCUCUUCUUCGGAGGUGUCACUAUGCUUUUUGUAUUUCAUUUCGUUCCACACACUUUUGACGGACACUUUUUGAAUUUCGAUGAGCAUGUUGUGCAAGUGAUCUACUUUUCAUUGAUGACCCUGACUGUGGUUUCUGUGGUUUUAUUCACGUUUUUGCCAACAAAGCAGUUUGAUUCAAUUGCAUUGAACACUCAAAGAGUUACACCUUCAAUGAUGGCUCAAUUCAAACGUUUCGGAAAGUCCUUUUCUCAUUUGAACACUUCUCUUCUAAUCUUCACAUAUGUUUACAUGGGAUGUAUGGUAUCAUUCAUGUACGGUAUCUACCCAACUUCAUUGUCUUUUACAUCUGAAACUGCAUCUGAUGUCUACAUUAUUGCACUGUACCUUCUGUCGUCUGGAUUGGCCGCUUUUUUGAGCGCCAUGUUCAUCAGGCCGAUGAUCAAAAGAUUGCACAAAUACAAGCUUAUCGUACCGAUGGCGGUUCACUGUACAUCCAUGGCAAUCGUUUUGUUCUUGGUGUACUGUUCGGUGCCAAAUCAGGCAACACAACGACCGACUAGUGAUCUCGCGAAUUUAUGGAUUACACCAAGCCGUUAUCUCUCGAUGAUCAUCGGAUUCCUUCUCGGAUUCGCUGACUUCACGAUUACCAUGACAAGAUCUGUCAUCUGCCAGAUUGCUGUUCCAGACUUUCGAGCUGAAAUUUUCAGUCUCACGAGAAUUUAUCAGUGCGUGGCAUCUUGUGUAAUUCUAUUCAUCUCUCCAUAUCUGACAGUUACCACUUGGAUAAUCAUUCUAAUUGUCGGACUUUUAAUCGGAAUUGCUGCAAUGUUUGCAGUUUUAUGUCGGACACACAACAAUACAAUCGCUGCACCCAUUGAGCCAUUGGAAGAGGAAAAGGAUGAAAAGUUCACAGAAGAGAAGACUUUCGCUUAACUUUUUUUAUUAUUAUUUUAAAUCAAUUUCUACUGAGGGUUCCUUCCGGGAAUGUUAAUAUUUAAAAAUUUUUGACUUUUAUGUACUUACGGGUUUACUUUCCAAUGAAUUUUUACUUUUCGU